UGGGGCUUAUAGAGGCAGUGCUGGGCUCUGUGCUGUAAAAGGGGCCUGGUGGGGAGCCACAGCCAGCCUUCUUCCUUUGGAAGUGAUAAAAAAAAGAUGCCGUUGAAACCAUUCUCAUACCCGCUGCCUGAAACCAGGUUCCUUCACGCAGGCGGAGUUGUGUAUAAGUUUAAAAUCCGCUAUGGCAACUUGCAGAGUGCUCCUGAACUCAACAACACUGACAUUGCUGUCAAGGAGUUUGAGGAAGCAAUUCGAGUCAUCCUUGGAAAUCUUGAUGAUUUACAUCCAUUUUCUACAGAUCACUUCACUAUCUUUCCAUAUUUGAGUAAAUGGGAAAGAGUAUCAAAAAUGAGAUUCAAACAUGAGAAUGUCAAUCUCGUGCCUUAUCCCUACAUUUGCACUAUGUAUCUGGAGCUCAACUCAUUUCAGCAAAGUUUGUCCUUGGGUAAAGAAGUCAACAGCAACAAUUCUGAGCCUGUCAAGAGAAAAAGUGAAAUACCAGAAAGUACUGAAAUGGAAGAAACAGGGAAGAGGAGAAGAGUUGAAGGUCAAACAGAGACCUCAUAUCCAAAGUUAUGUAUGGACAGACCUGGAGCUGAGAGUGUUCACCAUGCAACUAAAGUAGAGCAUGGAUUUGAAAAGAAUUACUCCAAAGAAAUUCAGUGUGAGCGUAGUCCAGCAUCCCUCAGCGUGGGCUGUGACCAAGAGUGUUUAUGGAGACCUGUGGGAUAUAACAUGGAACAAAGAGCAGAAACCAGUCAGCCUGAAGGUGAAAUGCAGGUAUUGCAGCAAAUGGACCAAAUCACAACCAAAGGAAUUGAGGAGCCAAAACGAGGAGGUCUCUCAAAGUUCUGGAGAAGGCUAUUUUCUCCACUGCAGCACCUUUUUGGUGGGAAGCACUGAACUAAUUGCUGUGGAGAGGUCGACUUGUACCGCAAAUAUUAGGC